GGCAGGAGUUCAUCGACUAGCCACGCCCCGCAGCGUGCUCAUUGGUCUCCAAAUUUCGCGGACUUUGGCACGAGGAAACCUAAAAAAGAAAACUGACAUUGAAAGUAACGUUAAUUUGGGACGAACCGUUCAUCACGUUUGUUAAGACUAGAGAUCAUCAACUAUGGCUCAGCUCAACGGCCAUGAUAAUAAAACAUGGGAAUCUCAUAACAAGAUGAUGCUGGAACCUCUGAGCACAAAUGAUCCUGAGGUAUUUGACAUAAUAAAGAAGGAGAAGCGGCGGCAGACGUAUGGAUUGGAGCUCAUUGCCUCUGAGAACUUCACUAGUCGAGCUGUUUUGGAGGCUCUUGGUUCCUGCAUGAACAACAAAUACUCUGAGGGUUAUCCUGGUCAGAGAUAUUAUGGAGGCACAGAGCAUGUUGAUGAAUUGGAGCGUUUGUGUCAGGCGAGAGCUCUCAAGGUGUACGGCCUCGACCCGGAUAAAUGGGGAGUGAAUGUUCAGCCAUACUCUGGGUCACCUGCGAACUUUGCUGUAUACACAGCCAUAGUGGAACCUCAUGGGCGGAUCAUGGGCCUUGAUCUUCCCGAUGGCGGCCAUCUCACCCACGGCUUCAUGACUGACAAGAAGAAAAUCUCAGCCACAUCUAUUUUCUUUGAGUCUAUGCCUUAUAAGGUAAAUCCAGAAACUGGGUAUAUUGAUUAUGACAGACUUGAGGAAAAUGCUCGCCUCUUCCACCCAAGACUAAUCAUUGCAGGAACCAGCUGCUAUUCCCGUAACCUGGACUACAGUCGGCUGAGGAAGAUCGCAGAUGAGAAUGGAGCGUAUCUUCUGGCAGACAUGGCUCACAUCAGUGGUCUGGUGGCAGCAGGAGUCGUUCCAUCUCCGUUUGAAUACUGUGAUGUUGUUUCCACCACGACCCAUAAGACCCUGAGGGGCUGCAGGGCAGGAGUCAUUUUCUUUAGGAAGGGAGUUCGUAGUGUUGAUGCAAAGACAGGCAAGGAGACCCUGUAUAACCUGGAGAGUCUGAUUAACCAGGCCGUGUUUCCUGGACUGCAGGGUGGCCCUCACAACCAUGCCAUUGCAGGGGUUGCUGUUGCUUUGAAGCAGGCUCUGACUCCAGAGUUCAAGACCUAUCAGUUGCAAGUUCUGGCAAAUUGUAAGGCUUUAGCAACCACCCUAAUGGAAAAGGGCUACAAAGUUGUUACAGGUGGCUCCGAUAAUCAUCUCAUCUUGGUUGAUUUACGUUCAAAUGGUACUGAUGGAGGAAGGGCAGAGAAAGUGCUGGAGGCUUGUGCCAUUGCCUGCAACAAGAACACCUGCCCAGGUGAUAAAAGUGCCUUGCGCCCAAGCGGCCUUCGUUUAGGAUCUCCUGCUCUUACAUCUCGAGGACUAUUGGAGGACGAUUUCCAUAAGGUUGCCGAGUUCAUUCACCAGGGCAUUGAGUUGACAUUGGAGAUACAAAGAAACAUGAAUCCUAAAGCAACUUUGAAGGAGUUUAAAGAGGAACUGGCACAAAAUGAGAAGUACCAACUGAAAAUAAACAAAAUCCGAAAGGAAGUUGAAGACUUUUCUGGAAAGUUCCCAAUGCCUGGGUUGCCGGAGUUAUAAUUAGUCUGAAUUAAUGACUGAAAUAAAGAUUUCUUUUGAUUUGAUGGACACAGAGGCUUAAAUGUAGCACUUAGAGGUUCAACACAAUCAUCAUACACUUAUAUGUGUGAUUUCCCUUUUAAAUGAAUAAUUCAAAUGACUGGUUUGUCUUUUGAUAACACACAUUGGAUUGGUUUUUGUACUCUUGCUUGUUUUUUCUUGUUUCUGUGGUUAAACUCAGAUUACACAGGUUAAUUCAACAUGAGAAGUUUUACUGUACCACUGAAACAGACCAACAGGAAGAAAAAAAAAAACCCAACUGGCACAAUAGAUUUGUACAUGCAAAGCAAAUAAAGCCUAUUGUAAAUGUGAA